CAUCAAAUGAAAAAAAUGAAGAUUCUAUAUCAACUUUAACCAUGGUUCCUACGUCGCAAGAACAAGACAAUUAUAUCGAAUGGGAAAACAAAAAACUUGAAUUGCGGCAAAAAAACUUGAAAAUUCUUAAGGAAGAACUUUUAUUGCAUGAAAAACUUAAUAGUUUAAAACAAUGA